CCGACUCGCCGCAUCUGGGACCGCCAUCUUCUACCAUCAUCUAUCGGGAAUCUCAUCCAUCACGACGACAACACGCAUAAUCGGGUGCCGCCAAUCUCGCCGAUCCGCCCUCCUGCAACCCCCUUCACUUUCUCCUCGACGCCUAUUCGCCCCGUUCCUCCUGCGAGACUCCCACCCGUCCCCCACCGCGUGCAUCGGAUCUGAUUCCCACCCCAUCCACCCGCCGCCGCCAUGCAGCAACCCUCAUGGCUCGACGUCGGCGUCCCCACGCUCGAGCGCCCGUUCGGCCUCAAACUCUGGCCGCUCUUCGAGCUCGCCUUCGAGACCGUAGUGGGAUACAAGCCGCAGGACUUCCGGUUCGUGGAAGGCGCCACACUGAUGUCGACGGUGCCGGCCACGGCGGGCGUGCUCAUCACGUACUACAUCAUCAUCUUCGGGGGCCGCGAGCUGAUGAAGAGCCGCGCGCCGUUCCAGCUCAACGGGCUGUUUAAGAUCCAUAACUUCUACCUCACGGCCAUCAGUGGGAUUUUGUUGGCAUUGUUUACGGAGCAGUUGAUUCCCGAAUUGGCGAGGAAUAGCCUGUUUCAUGCGAUUUGCUCCCAUGAGGGGGGGUGGACGGAUAAGCUGGUGAUUCUAUAUUACUUGAACUAUCUGACCAAGUACCUCGAACUUAUCGAUACCGUUUUCCUCUUCCUGAAGAAGAAGCCUCUUACCUUCCUUCACACCUACCACCAUGGUGCCACCGCUGCUCUCUGCUUCUCCCAACUGCUCGGCCACACCCCCGUCUCAUGGCCCGUAAUUACUCUGAAUCUCAUGGUCCACGUGGUCAUGUACUGGUACUACUUCCAAAGCGCGCGAGGCAUCCGAAUCUGGUGGAAGAAGUACAUCACCAUCAUGCAGAUCUCCCAAUUCGUUAUCGAUCUCGGCUUCGUCUACUUCGCCUCGUACACCUAUUUCACCUCGACCUACUGGCCCUGGCUCCCCAACGCCGGCAACUGCGCCGGCGAGGAAUUCGCCGCUAUCUCCGGCAUGGCCAUCCUCAGCUCGUACCUCCUCCUCUUCAUCUCGUUCUACCUCGCGACCUACAAGUCGACGGGCGGCAAGGGGCGCCCGCGGUCGCGCAGUGUGCGUGCGCUGGUGGAGAUGAAGGACGAGCAAGUGCCCACCGUCGGUGAGGCGAGGCGGCGGCUGAGUCACGGGUCGUCGGUGUCGAGCACUGGGGCUAACAGGAACGCAGUUGCGACCGGGUCGGCGAAGUCGAACGGGUACGCGACGCGGUCGAGGAAGGCGUAGGGUCGUCGAGCGGGACGACGAGGCGGCAUGGAUUUCGCGGGCCGACGGUGCGGCAGUUGGGAUUCUUCGGAGUAGGAGGUCGUCCGAAGGGUUCGGAGGUUGGUGGAUGAGGGUGGGACGAAUUCCUCGAGUGGCCGAACCGCGUGCAUCGGAGCGGUGGCAGUUGGUAUGGAGAUGGAGAGGGGAGGGACCGGAGCGUCAGAGAGGCAGAGGAGGCUCCACUUCGAUGGACAUUGGACACCUGGACAUUGCCGACGCGCUUCGGAUUCCCUGGGACAUGACAUUUUCACCAUUCUACACCUGUAGCUUUCCGCACCUUUGUCAUUGGUCUUGGUACGCGCAUCACACCAUGAACGGGGGACCUCGCUUGGUCAGCCCGUUGGCAUGUAUUAUAU